GAUGUUAACUCUCUUUCAAAACCCAUGUUAUUCUCACGCCGAAAUGCACAGAAAAAGCAACCCCACACGCGACACGUAAGCAUCACCUCAACACUGAUGGUUACGUGUCCACUCGUGAACGGAAGCGUUCAGUCUUCCGUGGCACGAGCAGGUGGCCAAUAUAGCCAACCAAAACUGAUUCUGAAUUUCAUCAUAUACGACGCCUAAACCCGGUGGUGUCUUUCUCAGUUCUUCGUCUUGAAUUCAAUUUCAGUUUAGUUGCUCGUUGAUCCAUUUCGUCUACAUCUGAUGGGGUGGGGAAACAUUUAUAGAAGGCGCAUAAAAGUUUUCACACUGGCUGUUGUAAUUUACUUGGAUUACAAGGCCUUGCAGCAGAGAGAGAAAUGGACUAGCAAUUCUAAAAGAGCUGCUCUAUGGGAGAAAGCCCAUGAGCGUAAUGCUAGGAGGGUCCUCAAUUUGAUAAUACAGUUGGAAGGUUUGUGGGUGAAACUUGGGCAGUAUUUAUCUACACGCGCUGAUGUGCUUCCUGAGGCCUAUGUAUCCCUUCUCAAGCAGUUACAGGACUCUCUUCCCCCCCGCCCCUUGGAAGAGGUUUGUGGGACUAUUCAAAAAGAGUUGGGAAGAACAAUGGAUGAUCUCUUCUUAGAUUUUGUUGAAACACCAUUGGCAACGGCGUCGAUAGCACAAGUUCAUCGUGCAACUCUGAGUAACGGGGAGGAGGUGGUCGUGAAAGUUCAACACGAGGGAAUCAAGACAAUAAUAUUGGAGGACUUGAAGAAUGCAAAAUCAAUAGUUGACUGGGUAGCAUGGGCAGAACCACAGUACGACUUCAAUCCAAUGAUAGAUGAAUGGUGCAAAGAAGCGCCUAAGGAAUUAGACUUCAUCCACGAAGCUGAAAAUACUAGAACAGUUUCUAGAAAUCUAGGCUGCAAAAACAGAGGUGAGGAUAACACGAUUGCCAAUCACGUGGAUGUAUUGAUUCCAGAGGUUAUUCAGUCAACUGAAAAGGUCCUCAUUUUGGAGUACAUGGAUGGGGUUCGUUUAAAUGACUCUGAAUCACUGGAUGCUUUGGGUGUUGACAAACAAAAGCUUGUUGAAGAAAUCACACGUGCAUAUGCCCAUCAAAUUUAUGUUGAUGGUUUUUUCAAUGGCGACCCUCAUCCUGGAAAUUUUCUUGUGAGCAGAGAACCUCCACAUCGUCCUAUUUUACUCGACUUUGGGCUUACAAAGUUUUUAUCAAGCUCUGUGAAACAUGCUCUAGCAAAAAUGUUUCUAGCAUCUGCCGAGGGGGAUCAUGUGGCUCUUUUGUCUGCGUUUGCAGAAAUGGGACUUAAGUUGCGCCUGGACUUACCAGAACAGGCUAUGGAGGUAAUGAGUGUGUUCUUCCGUACUUCGACACCUGCAAGUGCAGCUAUUGAAAACAUGAAAUCUUUGGUCGAUCAACGAGCCAAAGGCAUGAAAGCUGUACAAGAGAAGAUGAAACUCGACCAAAAACAAGCUAAACGUUUUAAUCCUAUUGAUGCUUUUCCAGGUGAUAUUGUGAUAUUUUCACGUGUCAUUAAUCUGCUGAGAGGACUUUCAUCAACAAUGGAUGUUAAAAUAGCCUAUUUAGAUGUCAUGAGACCGUUUGCUGAAUCUGUUUUGCAAGGCAACAUUAAUAAUGGACCAGCAUUGAAUGCACAAUGGGUCCACAACACGCCUGUCCAUUCUGAUGUGGAGGCUAAGCUGAGGCAGCUCUUAGUUGAGCUAGGAAAUGGUGAUAAAAUACUUGGAAUCCAGGUAUGUGCCUACAAAGAUGGAGAAGUGAUCAUUGAUACUGCUGCUGGUGUGCUGGGGAGAUAUGAUCCUCGUCCAGUUCAGCUGGAUAGCCUAUUUCCUGUAUUUUCUGUAACAAAAGGAAUCACAGCUGGAAUGCUACAUUGGCUGGUCGACCAUGGGAAACUGAAGCUUGAGGAAAAUGUUGCAAAUAUUUGGCCAGAAUUCAGAUCAAAUGGAAAGGACCUAAUAAAGGUUCAUCACGUGCUUAACCAUACAUCUGGUCUGCACAAUGCUUUAGCCAGCCUUACCCGAGAAAAUCCUUUGCUAAUGUCUGACUGGGAUGAGUGUUUGAGUCGCAUUGCUAUGUCAGUCCCUGAGACUGUACCUGGCCAUGAGCAGCUGUAUCAUUAUCUGUCUUUUGGCUGGCUAUGCGGUGGAAUCAUUGAGCAUGCAUCUGGGAAGAAGUUUCAGGAGAUUCUCGAAGAAGCAUUUAUUCACCCUCUUCAGAUUGAAGGGGAGCUAUAUAUUGGAAUUCCUCCAGGUGUGGAAUCUCGACUUGCAACACUGACGGUAGAUACGAAUGAUCUCAGUAAGCUCUCAGCGAUGAGCAGCCGUCCAGACCUGCCCUCCAGUUUUCAGCCAGGUGACAUUUCCCAGCUCGUGACCACCCUUCCUGUCCUAUUCAAUACACUCAAUAUUCGUCGUGCCAUUCUACCUGCUGCUAAUUUACAUUGCUCAGCCCGUGCACUUGCCCGAUACUAUGCCACCCUAGUUGACGGUGGUGUGGUCCCACCACCACAUUCCUCUUCUUCCCAGCCGCCUCUUGGCAGCCACCCCCAUAUUCCCAAAUUUCCUCCACUGAAAAUCCGCAAGAAGCAGAAAGGUGGCAAUAGGAAAUCCAUGACUGCAUCCUCAAGCAGAACUAAUACUUCUGAAUCGACGCAAAAUUACACUAAUUCAAAUGACGGCGGUUAUAAUAAAACAGAGAGCAGAGACCAUUACAUUAGGGUAUCUACGGAUAGUAGCGGCGGAAGUAGCAAUACUCUUAGUACAACCGAGAGCUGUGCAAAUGCAGAAUAUCAUCAAAAUGUCAGUAAGAUUUUUAGUAAUCCUAGAAUUCAUGAUGCAUUUUUGGGUGCUGGAGAAUAUGAGAAUUUGGUUUACCCAAAUGGGAAAUUUGGGCUAGGGUUUAGGAGGUUCAGUUCCAAGGAUGGGUAUUAUUUUGGUUUCGGGCACUCGGGCAUGGGUGGAUCAACAGGCUACUGUGACAUGAAAAACAGGUUUGCUAUUGCUGUGACCCUAAACAAGAUGUCAUUUGGGGCUGUGACUGGAAACAUAAUUCAGUUCGUUUGCUCGGAGCUAAAUAUUCCAUUGCCGGAGGAAUAUUCCAGAUCUGGUGAGAGGAGACCUGAUAUGCAGUUAAACAUGGAGGGGCCUCUGAUUAACUGAGGAAGGAACAACAUUUUUGCUCAUCUGUCGUUGUUAUAUUUAGUUAAACACAUUAUAUUCAUAGUCCACACGGAAACGUUUGAAUUGCAUGAUAUUUAUUUCCCAAGGCAAAUGUUGUUGUGUAUUUAUGUUUUAUAUGUAGUUUGUAAGAAAAUAUAAACUGGAAAUUUCCAGAAAUAUAGAUUAAGAAACACAAGAAGCUGAAUACA